CUAUUUCUCAGCCAGAGUGAGGACUGGAAAGUAGUUACAGAGAGCAGCAACUUCUCCUUCUGCCCCAGGGGAUAUGGCCCCACAUCCUUUCGCCUCUACGAGACUCUGCAGCUUGGAACAAUCCCAAUCUAUGUCUGGGAAGAGGAGAAGUGGCUGCCCUUUGAGGACCUGAUUGACUGGAACGAGUUUGCAAUCAUUGUGGAGAGUCGUGACAUUGACAGUAUUGCUGCUAAGAUUGCAGAGGCUGACUUGCCACGCAUGCAGGCAGCUCUAGCCAAGCAUAGCCACAUGUUCACGUAUGACUUCACAGUGCAGUACAUCUUGAAGAGGCUUGCUGAUGAA